AUAAUAUAUAUUUAUACAUUCUAAUAUGGAGCUAUAUUAUAGCUGCAGUUAAAUGUAGACUGGCUUUUACAUGUGGGAGAAAAAGCCAAAAGGUAAAUGUAGCCAAAACCAAUAUACUGUGUUUAAACCUCAAUUAUUAUCAUUUUUUAACUCGUGUACGUUUCUUUUUAGCUUGUCCUUUCUUUUAUUUAUAGUUGCGGUGAGUUUAGCAUUAUAGUAUUUCAGAGAGCACUUAAACGCAACAUAACAACGGACAGGGACGGAGGGACACGCUCGGGACGCUGCUAUGAUGCAGCAAAGGACCCGCCCUCCUCCUCCUCCUGCACUUGUCAAAGGCCACCGAUCACAAAUUACAUCACAGUCGCGCCCACGGACGAAGACGCAAAUUGAUGCCGGGAGAAUCCGUCUCCUAAAUAAUAAAUAAAAUCACCGGACAUUUUUCUCCAUCUAACUUAACAGAGAUAAUUAGUUACCACAAUGCUCCCUUUCAAGAGAACUUUUGAGAGCGAGAAGCACCAGCUGCAGGAGCUCAACAGCAGACUUACCCAGUAUCUAUCCAGAACCAAGCAGCUGGAGCAAGAAAACGCGCAUCUCAUUGCUGAAAUAAAUAAACUGAGACAGGUGAGGACUACCGGAUGGGAAACUAAGUACAGGGCUGAGAUGCAGGACCUGCGGAGAAUGGUGGGGCAGCUGUCGUUUGAAAAGUCCCAGGCUGAGAUGGAGAGGGAGAAGCUAUGGCGGGAGUUGCAGAUGAUCCAGAGUCUGUGCAGCGAGCAGACCGAUGUGUGCCGGGACGUCAGCGGCGAACUAAAGAACUGCGAGCAGGAGCUUCAUCACGCUCACAAAACCAACAGCGAACUCCAGCAGCGGCUGCUGCAACUAGAGAACGAGUAUAAACGCUUAGAGGAUGCACACAGGGAAGAAGUGAGCCGCAUUUGCAGUCAGGUGGAGUCCCGAGUGGCACCCAUCAUCAGGCAAACUUAUCGUGGGCCUCCGGUGGUCUCCGUGGAAGAGGUGCAGGAGUAUGCCCACGGUAUGUCCGAAGGAUGGAUUCAGACCUUCGAAAUGUACCAGAAGACGGUAGAAGACAUGGAGCAGUCAAUUAAAGCGGACCAGGCAAUGCUGAACGACAUGCAGAGGGAAAAGAUGCUGUAUGCGUCCGAGUUGGACAAAUUACGCACGGAAGCGGAAAAACAAGGGCAGAUUCAAAUGCGACUUGAGGAGCAACUGAUGCACAUGCAGGAAAAAUUCCGUGUGGACUACAGUCAGUAUCAGAUGACUAUUGAACAGCUGGAGCAUGAGAGGAAUGUGAUGGCUGAUGUUAUAGCACAAAAAAUGAGAGAGCAUCAGCAGCUUCUCCAGGUGAAGAUGGAUCUAGGAAUGGAGGUUGCUACUUACAGGGCUCUUCUGGAGGGUGAGCGAAUCAGUCUGCAAGAUGCUCAUAAGCGAGUGAAUCAACAUGAAAGAGAAAGAAUAAUAGAUAUCAAAAUGCCUGCCCGACGCUAUACUCCAAGAGCUUCCACCUUAACCACCAAACAGCACAUGGAUGUAAGGUACAUGCCAUCGACUUCAAGCUUGAGAAGAGCCCCCAUCCCUUCCUCUGGGUCCAUAAGUCCGUCUAGGGUCAUCCCUAUUUCAGUUACAGGAAGAGCUCGCCAUCAGAGUCCGGCAUCCAGAAGGGAUAUGAUCUCAUUUAACAAAGCUCGGGCAGCUGCUUCUGCCUCUGCUACUACCAUUACCACCACCAGCACUACAACCAAAGAUAAGCAAGCAGGCCAUAGUGAAAACCAAGUCAGUCGGAGUGUACCAAAAAGAACAGCAGAAGAGCAAACUGUGAAACUCAUCUGGCUCCCACACACAGAGGGCCAGAUGAGUCCUGACAAGUCUUCUACUCCUGAUACCAAAUCAGUAAGAGUGGUGUCACCAUCAAUGAAGAGCCUAGUUACGGAAACCGAGACAGAAAGCAAGAAGUAUGUGUCAGAUGAAAAAGAAAAAGGCCCCGUUGUCGACGGCAAGGUCAAAGACAAAGGAAGAACAGAGUUUACAAUAGGCCCAGCUGAGAAAAAGAUAUUAGACUCUGUGUCUGUAGAAGAAAUAAUUGAGAAAGUGAUAAAACCAGCAGGUUUGGAAGCCAAGGUCUGUUCAGCAGGAGAUUCAAAAGUCAGAUAUCACGUGGAGAAAACUGAGCAGGAGGAUGGCACGACUAAAACACAAAUCGUGCUGGAGUCCAAAGUGGAGGAAGAGCUGGAUGUUUCUCAGGACAAUGCCCUGGAAGAACUGUUGAAACAAGGUGUGAAGAAAGUGUCACUAGAGGACAUCAAGGACACAGCAACAGGAAGCAUGGUCAAGAACCUGCUGAGUGGCUUGCAAGGAGGAGAGGACUUACAAAAUAAGUCAGUCAAUGUGGAAAUCAUCGAGGAACCAGUGGAGUCUUACAGUGAUGAAGAACUUGAGGCUGAGCAGAAGUCCGGGUUGACUUUUCAUGAGCCUUCUGCAUAUUUCGAAGUUGAGGAGCCAGAAAAUAUCCCUCAUGGCAUUCAAGGUAGCAGGGGGGAUGAUAAUGUCAUGAAAUCCAACACAGAUGAGUCAAAGUUUGGAUCUGUACAAGUCCAAGAGGUCUCUAGAGAGAGUGAAUAUCCACAUUUCUCCCAUGAUCAAGAGUCUCAUGAGUAUUUUGUCUCCACACCAGAGGAAAAUCUUUCUGAAUCUGAGGAGGGUGGCGGGAUAACCUCAUAUGGCCAUUAUGGAAUUGUAGAUGACCUGUCGGAUGAGAGGUAUUAUCAAGAUGAUGGCCUUCCCCAGAAAAAAGUGACUGUAAAAGAAAGUGAUGAAUAUGAGUUUAUGUCAGGUGACCGGUUGUUUGCCAAAGAGAGUUUUCCAGAGUGCAUAAUAGAAGAAGAGGUUCGGGUCUCACCUGUAGUGCAAGAGUCAGUGCUUGAGUACCUGAGAGAAGAUUCUUUGGAGCCCAAAGAGCAGCUGAAAGGAGCUCUUGAGAAGCUACAAAGUUCAGUGUCGGGACCACUGAAAGAGGAGUUAGCUUUCCUCACCAGACUAAGUAGUGAAAGUCCAGAGAAUGUAGCCGUCGGUGUCAAAAGAGUGGAACAGUCCAUUGACAAUGGAACCACGACUAUAGUUGCAGAGCUAAAUGUUUCUCAAACCCUGGAAGAAUCUGGGCUGCUGGAAGGAGAUGACCUAUCUGAAGAUCAGAUCAUGGCAGGACUCAAGUCUUCUAACAUAGGGAUCGAGAAAGCCUUCCAGAGUGGGGCGGGAGGAGGAUACAGCAUUAGAGUUUCCAGAGAAGAUAAUGUUGCUCAUAGCGUGGAGUAUGGUGACUUCAGCGACAAAGGAGAAUCUGCAUCUGAAAUCAGUGAGAAACAUUUUAAACUGGGGCCAUCAGACAAGUCAUUUUCCUUCCAGAUGGAUGUACACGGUGGCCAUGACGAGGCUGCCUCAGAGCAAGAGCUGCAGCCUCCAGUCCUGGAGAUGCCAGUGAAGAUUUCACAGGAGAAAAGAAUCGCAACAGUUUACCUUGAAAGCCCUUCUAAUGACUAAGAACUAAAUCUGAUGAUUUUUUUCAAAUUGAAUAAUUGCCAGUGCAUUACGGUAUGUUUACUUAAACAUACAAAGCAUAUACUAAUGGUGAUUGCAGGAACUGUAUUCAUGCUAUUUUUCAAGUAAACAAGCGUACUUAUAAUCCAUAAAACUAGAUUACCUAAAACAGAGUACUAGCUAUUUAGUUAAAAGUAUCUGAUUUUCAUAUAUGAAUUUUUCUUUUUGCCAUUGACUGCAGAGAUCCCAUUACUGAAAUACUCCAUACUAACUACUGUGGGCUAGAUUGUGUAAGGACUGAAACAUCUACAUAUUGUAGCCAUAUUUAAUGGUAGGCAAUGCUGUGUGCUGUACUAGUAUGCUUGGCUUUUCAUAAGGUGCAGUUUGAAUAUCCUUGAUUAUUCUCUUUAUAGUGCUUCAUUUUGUACUAACCUACACUUAACAGCUUAAACAGCUCAUUCUACAGUUUACAGCAUAUAAUCCACCCAACCAUCAUGUCGUGGCUGUACUUGCCAUGAUGUUAAGUCUCCUUGGUCAGCAUUUAUUGCUCUCCGGGUUACAAGGUGCUGUGCACUGUUUGCAGAAUAGGGCUUUAAUUUUUUUAUGUUUUGAGCACCUCUAGAAAAUGGAAUGAUGUUAGUACACAGCACAUGCUGGAACACAGUGGUUUAUAUUAACAAGUCAUUGCUAACAUGUGUUCAAGACUGUUGACCUUGUGACUGAGGAUAAUAUCAUGAGAGUUAAAAAAAAAAAGAUCUAUUUGCUUUAGAAUUUGUCUUAACAAAGCACUUGUGAAGCUUAAAAGUGAUUUCUUGGGGUUUCUAGGGACGGCGCAGUGGUUAGCACUGUUGCCUCACAGCAAGAAGGUCCAGAUUUCAACUCCACCAUCUGGCUGGGGACUGUCUAUGUGGAGUUGGUUAGGUUAACUGAUGAUUCUAAAUUGCCCAUAGGUGUAAAUGUGUAACUGUCCAAUGUGUAUCCCGCCACUCGCCCUAUGACAUCAGGGAUAGGCUCCAGCACCCCCAAGGGAGAAGCAUGUUUUUAAAAAAUAAAACAAAAAGUCUAUUUUAACAUGUGCCAAACAUUUGUAAAUUGCAAACAGUUAAGAUUUUGUUUUGAGCAUAUAAUUGGGGGUAACACUGCAUUUGGAAUUCUAAAUGGUCCCAUUUAGAAUUCCAAACAUGGCUGUCAAGUUGAAAACAAUAUCCAGAUAAAACAAUUAAAGUAGCAGCAGAGGUGUUUUGCAUUAAAAGGAUGUUGCAGUGAUGAAAAAGUAAUCACACAUAGGUUUGAUCUUUGUCAUGUAUAGCACUUAUGGCUUGUCCACAGCUGUUGGCUUUCAGUGUUGGCUCGAAGGAUUCAACUUUGCUCUGACCUACGAGUGUGUUUAUAACCGCACCUAUUUUUGGAUCAUCAGCUUAGCAUUGAGUGUUGACUAGAGUUUGUUGUGUUGUGUAUGCGUUACAAAGACAGAAAUGAAAUAGCAUGUGUACCGUCUGGUUAUUUUUUUUUGCUUAUUUUCUCUAACAGCAGCUGUAUAAUUUACUUCUAACUACUGAAAAGUCUUUGCAAGUCAACUUUCUGGUAUGAUGGUAAAGCAAUCCAAAAAUACAACAUCUGGCAUGAAUGCCAUGCUUUUACAAAUAAAAUAAAUUAGAAGUCAUUAGCAAUCUACAAAAAGAACCCUUCAUUUCAUGGAUUUGUUGUGAUUUACUCUUUAAACUCAAACACUACUAUAUGAGUGCACUAAAGUGUUUGUUAUUAAUCUUUAUGCGGUUAUUAUCUCAUUAGUGAAUGAGUGACUAAUACAGUGUUUAAUAAAGGUCAAAUGGAGAGACUGAAAUCAUUGAUUUAUUCUGAAUUCUUUUGAGACCAUUGCUUAUAUUGGUAUUAAUUCCAGUCCUUAGAUGAAAAUUGCCCCAAUAUUAUAACAUCAUUAAAAAAUAUUAUGUGUA